AUGAAGUCCAAUCCUGCCAUCCAAGCCGCCAUCGACCUGACAGCGGGCGCGGUCGGGGGCACGGCUUGUGUCCUGACCGGGCAGCCUUUCGACACAGUGAAAGUGAAGAUGCAGACGUUCCCCGGCCUGUACAAGGGCCUCACCGACUGCUGCCUGAAAACGUACUCCCAAGUGGGCCUGCGGGGCUUCUACAAAGGAACCUGCCCUGCGCUGAUGGCCUACGUCGCCGAGAACUCUGUCCUCUUCAUGUGCUAUGGCUUCUGCCAAGAGCUUGUGAGGAAAGUGGUUGGACUGGACAAGCAGGCGAGGCUGAGUGAUCUGCAGACGGCAGCUGCGGGUUCCUUCGCCUCCGCGUUUGCUGCGCUGGCCCUGUGCCCCACUGAGCUUGUCAAGUGCCGACUGCAGACCAUGUACGAAAUGGAGAUGUCAGGGAAAAUAGCAAAAAGCCAAAAUACAAUCUGGUCCGUCGUGAAGAGUAUCCUUAGAAAGGAAGGCCCCUUGGGCUUCUACCAAGGACUCUCGAGCACUCUCCUUCAAGAAGUACCGGGCUAUUUCUUCUUCUUCGGUGGCUAUGAACUGAGUAGAUCAUUUUUUGCAUCGGGGAGAUCAAAAGAUGAACUAGGCCCUGUCCCUUUGAUGUUAAGUGGUGGAAUUGCUGGAAUUUGUCUUUGGCUUGUCAUCUAUCCAGUGGAUUGUAUCAAAUCCAGAAUUCAAGUUCUUUCCAUGUCUGGAAAACAGGCUGGGUUUCUGGGAACUCUUAUAAGUAUUGUGAAAAAUGAAGGAAUAGCAGCCUUAUAUUCUGGACUGACCGCUACUAUGAUUCGAGCAUUCCCUGCCAAUGGGUCACUAUUUUUGGCUUAUGAAUACAGCAGGAGAAUGAUGAUGAGUCAGUUUGAAGCAUACUGAAGUGUCUUGGUGAACUGGAGCCAAGUAAAGGCCUUAGAGGACUACAGUU